AGCAGCUGGAGAUACGAAGUCCGAAUACACUUAGGCUUGCGGGCGGAAAGGCCUAUCAAGAUGAUGGACCCAGAGUUUUUUUUUUUCAUCACUAAUUAGGCCUCAUCCCUAAUUAGGCCCACUAAUGAUAAUUCCUUUUAGGCCCGGGGUUGGCCUUCUAAGGUCUACCUCUAUUUUCCAGUCCCUCGCAUUGUCUGUUCUGGUGUGGUUCUUGGCACUUUAGUGAGCUUAUUUUUAAGAGGGAGGCAAUUACUGUUAAAUAAUGUUAAAUAUUCUAAUCAAUACCCAAAAUGGAAACUGUCAAUCAAAUGAGAAAAUAUGGUGAUGAUGUGCUCGAGCAAAAGGUGGUUGAAAAAAUUCUUAAGAGCCUGCCUAAGAAAUAUGACCAUAUUGUGGCUGCCAUAGAAGAGUCAAAGGAUUUAGCUGUGUUAACAACAGAUGAACUGUUUGGUUCUCUUUUUUCUCAUGAAGACAGGAUGAAGAGGUACGAGGAUGCUGUGGAGAAUGCUUUCUACAACAAGCUACAGCUAUCCAAAAACAAAUAUGGAGGGAGCUUUUCAGAGUCUAGUAACAGAGGUGGAUUCAAUAGAGGACAAGGUGCAUGCUUUGUUUGUAAGAGGUAUGGCCAUAUUGCUAGAGAUUGUAGAAUUAAAGAUAAGCAAGCCAAAUUUGCACAAGAAAAGGAUGAUGAAAUUGAAAGCUUAUUUCUUGCUUACUACACUGCUAAAGAAAGUGUUCCAGAUGUUUGGUCUGUGGACAGUGGCUGCAACAAUCACAUGACAGGAAACAUUAAUCUCUUCAUUAACCUGGACAAGUCAGUGAGCAAGAAAAUAACCAUGAGUGAUGGUACCAUACGAGAAGCACAAGGAAAAGGUAUGGUUGAAUUGGAUGAAUAUGGCAAGAAUUGUAUAGAUGAUGUCAUGUUCGUACCUCAUUUGGAUUCUAAUUUGCUAAGUGUGGGUCAAUUUAUGAUGGAUGGAUAUUCACUUGUUUUUGAAAAUAUGGCUUGCUAUGUUUACAAAGAUGGAACUAAAAAGGAGCUUUUAAUUAAAGUUCCAAUGGCAAAAAACAAGUGUUUUCCUUUAACUCUUGACUUGCUUGGUUUGCCUAUCAUUGAGCAAGUUGAUGGUGUGUGUGAAAGCUGUGUCUAUGGCAAACAUCAUUGGGAUGCUUUUCCCAAAGGAAAGGCGAGAAGAGCUUUGAAACCUACUGAGUUGAUACAUGCAGAUUUGACAGCAAGCUAUAACCCUCAACAGAAUGGGGUAGCUAAAAGGAAAAAUAGAAGUCUUGUGGAGAUAGCAAAAAGCAUGCUGAAAGCAAAAGGUAUUCCAAACAGUUUCUGGGCAGAAGCAAUUCACACCGUAGCUUAUAUUCAAAAUCGCAGUCCCACAACAGCUUUGCAUCAUCAAACUCCUUUCGAAGCUUGUGAUGAAACUAAAGGUUACAAAUUUUAUGAUCCUAUCGCCAAAAAGUUACUAAUCAGUUGUGAUGUGAUUUUUGAUGAGAAAAAUUCAUGGAACUGGAAUGACAAGAAGAGUCUAGGUUCUGUGUUGGUUGAUGACAUUUUGGAGGCUGAUCCAGUCAUGACAAAAGGUGAAAUGGGUGAAGGUCAAAGCUCUUCUACACCUAACAGUGGCAGCAGAUCGUUUCGAUCCUCACUUGAGACACCUCCAGCUCUAAGGAAGUCAAGGUGAGUAAGAUCCUUGGUGGAAAUCUAUGAACAAACUCAAAGGUGUCAA